AUGCUGCUGCUGUUUUUCCUGUACUGGAUCCAGGGACAUAACUUUAACUCUUAUUGGACCGGUGGAGCAGACGAUGGCAUGAGAAAAUCAGAACGGUGGGCGCGGUCACUUGGCCAGCUCGCGGUUGCGUUUCUGUCGCUGUGCAUUUUUCCCGCGAGCCGGAACUCUCUGCUGCACUCAAUCCUUGGGACGGCGUGGGAGUCGUCGAUCUGGGUGCACAAGGUGCUGGGGUACGGCAUGCUGCUGGCAACGACUGGCCACAUGGUGGCGUGGUACGUGCGGUACAGUGAGGUGGGGAUGUUUCCACGGGGAAUCUUCUCCAUCCCCCCAGUGGAGCCCCCUGGACAUGUUGACAAUUUUACUGUUCCACUGAUUACGCUGACGACGUGGUUCAUGCUUCUGGCGAUGGGUGUGUUUGCACUGGAGCCCGUGCGGCGCAGGUUCUUCGAGCUGUUCUACUACUUGCACGUGGCUGCGUUCUACAUGAUUGCUCCGACGGUUCUGUGGCACGCCGCCGCUGCGUGGGAGUACUUCCUGCCCGGGUUGACUGUAUGGUUCGUGGACCGGCUGCUGCGUAUGCACCGCAGUGCGUCUGCGGUGGUGGUGGUUUCUGCCGUUGCCAGCGGCUCCUUUGUGGACCUCCGCUUCCGUCACGCGGCACUGAGCGCCGCUCCUGGCCAAUAUGCCUUUGUGAACAUCCCCGAGCUGUCGCUGUUGCAGUGGCACCCGUUCAGCUUGAGCGGGGAUCGUGAUGGAUGCUACACGUUUCACAUCAGGUCAAUGGGCGAGGGCACGUGGACGGGGCGUCUUGUUAAGCUUGUGUGCGAGCGCGGGAGCAACUUCACGCUGAGUGUUGAUGGUCCAUGUGGUCGCGUGCAGGACUUCGAGGACUACCGGAGUGUUGUGCUUGUUGCUGGUGGCAUUGGUGUGACGCCUUGCGCCGCAAUAUACUCCCACCUCCGGCAGCAGAGGAUGGAGUCUCUGCAGGGAUGCGCCGUGACACUGCUGUGGACUGUUCGUGACGCCGAGCUUGUGCCCAUGAUGUCGCACCUGUGGGAUGACGUGGACGUGAUGGAUUUGCCGAGUGACGAAGGCGCUGAGUCUGGCGCUGAGGCUCGUGCACGCAGCCCCUCCGGUGCGACGAGCACGGUGCGCGUGUUCUUUACUGGUGACCCCUGCUGCGCGACACUGUGUGACAAGAGGGUCCCCAUGGUGGCUGGGCGGCUCGACCUUGCGGCUGAGAUCCCGCGGAGCAUUGCGAGUGAGGCCCCCGGCGAGGUGUUGGUGUUCGUGUGUGGUCCCCCCGGCCUGGUGAGGAGCGCGCGGGAUGUCGCUCUUCGCCUUGGCGCCCACUUUCACGAGGAGAGCUUCUUUCUGUAG